UAGAAUAAAAAAGAAGCCAAACGCCCAAAAGAUGCAUCCGCAAAAACAAGCCAUUUGUAAAGUAAUUGUAAAAGGAUCCUCUCUAACGCUAUUCCUCUUCCCAGUCGACGAAACUGAGCCUGAAAUUUAGCUGAUCAGCUUUGCUCUUUCAUUUCAGGCUUGCCCAGCCCGUUUAUUUGUAUUGUAUUUGCUCAAUAAUUGCCAAUUGGAAGCGGAUAUCAAAGGUUCAAGAGCCAAUUCAAUUUUAUCUCAAAAAAGAUAUUAAAAAGUAAGAUGACAACUCUUGAGACUCAAAUGGGUCAGCCUCAAAAAAUUAGUGUUGCUGCCGCUGCUACUGCUAAGAUUCAGAGUUCAACUUCAUCAUUCAAAAGAUGGGGAAGGAAGCAUCCAUUUGUUAGAUAUGGGCUUCCUAUGAUUUCACUCACUGUUUUUGGGGCAUUAGGUCUUGGUCAUCUUUUGCAGGGCAGCAAGGAUAUCGCAAAGGUGAAAGACGAUCAAGAAUGGGAAAUUAUUGAGACUAGAAAAGCACUGUCUAGAACAGGGCCUAUAGACGCAUAUCAACCCAAAAGGAUUUCACUUGAAGAGGAGUUAAAGGCUUUGCAGCAGAAAGUGGACAUAAACAAUUACGAGUACAAAAGAAUUCCUAAGCCGAACGAAGGCAAAUCAAACUAGUUAUAGGCUUGUUUCUACGGUCGUUAUAUCAUACAUUAGGCAGAAGAUCACUUUUUUCCCUUUUUAUAAGAUUGCCGGUGCUAUUUUUCCUGGUUUCACGAACGAGCGUUCAUUUUUGGGCCGAGUAACUUGAUAUGGAUAGUAAUGGCUGUAAUAAUGAAGAAUGUUGACUCGUAAUUCUGUUAUGUUGUUAGUCUUUGGAGUCCGCACAGAGUGAUGGUGAGAGAACACUUUUAACAUUAAAAUUUAGCUUUGAAGGAACAAAAGUAGCAUUUGAUGGAUCAUUCUGUUGUUUUCACUUGAAAUAUUGUAACAAAAAGGGAAAAUUUUCUUUAA